AGCCAUUGAGAAUUCCAUCCACCUGCAACACACUAGAAAGCCCCGUCGAAGGCGCGAAAUCGGCGUCUAGAAAAUGAAGGCUUAAAAACUAUAAUACGAAGAACUAAGCCAUCAAUAUGUUAACUGUAUCACUAGUCGGCAAGAAAUUUAGCUGUAAUAUCCAACUUAAGAUCUUUGCAGAGAAAGAUGGAGGAGGUCUGGAACUGGCACUCAAGGCUGGAGAAAAAUGCUCCAAUCGUCCCCAGGCCAUAAGCAACGUGACGGCUAAUCUGAAUAUUACCAUACAAAGAGGUUGUAAUAACUAUGUGACGAAGUGUAAGGAGAUGCUGAUGUUCCUACAAGAACAGGCUCUGCCGAAGACCAUGAAUAUUAUCAAAGUACAUAUGGUGAAUAGAGAGGCCAAGGCACUACAGAAAGACGAAGCUAGUCGACUGUUUAGCUGCAUAAGACCAUCAAAGCGAGACAGAGAUCGUUUACGAGAAAGAUCCGCAUCCAGGGAUCGCUUAUCAACAAGAGCUAAAAGAACACGCUUCAAACCCCCUGAUGGGUAUUCCUCCGACUCAGAGCAACUCUACCGUCAUUCACAAGGAAGUUCCACAGACAUCACCAGCCGUCAAUCAAACAAGACUGACAUAAUAGCCACGCCUCGCAUGUCAAGACAUCGGCUGAAAAACGCGGCUUUGCUACGAGAUCGCAAACAGAGAGAAGCUUCAAAAGACAGAAAUGAUAUAUCCGAGAAAGAAAAUGAGGAACAAAAAACCAAAGUUAAAAAUACAAGCAUGGAAAUUCAUCUUCCUGUGAGGGAAAAUAAAAAGAACAAGGAGAAAAGAUAUUCUGUAAGAAGCUUUGACACAGAAGGUGACAGUCAAGGCGAGUUUAUCUACGAUGGUGGAAGCGAGUCAUCAUUGCGCGCGCAAGUCAUCGAAGACAAGGAAAACGAAGGAGCUAGAGACAUAGUUGUUAAAAAAGAUAAAAGUACUGAAAAUCUAGAAAAAAAUAGAGAAACUACCGAUAGAAAAAUCAGUGUAACUGACAGCGAUAUGUCAGUAGAUUCACUUGAAUGUUUGGAUUUGAGUAGCAAAGAGAUACAAGAAAAGAAAAAGAAGAAGAAGAGAAAAGCGAGAAAAAGAGUGGAAGAAAAUUUGACCUCUAAAGAAGAUGUUACUAGCUCGCCUUCCGCUAUUUCACAAAUGCCAUCGUUGGCCUUACCAGAGGAUUUCCAAGAUUCGUCUGUCGAGAAUAGCGAUAACUGUAUUCUGAAUAAAGAACACGAGAAAACCUUCAAAACGAACUCUACUUUGAGACGAGACUCGUCAGAUGGUCUUACGACUACUAAUAUACCGUCAGAUUUAGCUAAACGAAUCGUAGCGGAUAUAGUUUGCUCUGCUUUGAAGAAAUGCGGAAAACCAACUCAAACUGAGUUUAAAAACUUGGAUAAUAAUUUGAACGAGGGACAGAAAUGUACGGGUGGUUCUGUCCAUUCAGGAGGCAGUAUUGCUGAUGACGUCAUCGAAGGAACUCCAUCUUUAGAACAUGCUGAAAUUAAGUUGGAAUUUAUUGAGGAUAAUUCUUCAGUCGAAGUUGAAUCGAAGGAUGGCAAACUAUUGACUACUACUGAUAAUGAGAAUAUUGGUGACCAGAAAUGUAGGGAUGCUAGUUGUGUAACCGUUGAAAAGGAGAAUAUUUUAGUUGAAGCAUCAAACGAUGAUAAAGUUGAAAGCAAGACUGAAGUUAAACGACUUGACGACGAAGAAAAUUCUGUCGUCACAGUCGACAAAUCAAACCAAGAAAUCCCUAAAAUUCCAGAGAACAAUGACGCUGGUGCUAUGGUUGAGCAGGAAGAUGUUCCAAAAGAUUCUCUCUUGCUGCAGAAUAUUUCAGGUCAAAUCAAAACGCAGAUUCAAGAAACUUUAGAUCCAGAAAAGAGAUGCUCUACAGAAAUGUUGGUCACUGAGGAUGCGAAAACUGAUGAAUCGAGUUCGAAACAUGCAACCUUAGAUUCUGAAAUCACGAAAACAAAUGGUAAUCCCGAUUCGAGUUCUGUAUCUAAAUCUAUGGAAAGCAAUGAGCAGGAUAACUCGGGGAAUUCUGAAACAAUGAUCCUUUCGCCUGAAGUAGAAACAAGAGAUAGAGAAGGUGGCCAAGAAACUGCUGUUUCUAAGUCUCCUCAUAUCAGGUUGUACGACACACACGUGAAUAUUACUAACAGAAUUAUCAAUUCUGUUUCACAAGUAUUACAUCUACAAACCCAGUACACUACUCCUACUCAAUCUAACUAUCUGACAUUUGAUCCUGACAUACCAUUAGCGUACUAUACUACACCAGAACAAGGCUUUGAGGGCUUACUUAAUAAGGAAUUAUUUAUGACUGCCUCAAAUAAUCAACAAGUUUCGGACGGACGACCCGAGAAUACAAAAGGGACAGAAAUCAAGAAAGAAAAAUCUCGAAGAAAUUUAAGAGAUCAUGAAAAAUUUGAAGAAACGUUUCAACGCUUUCUACAAGGACAAAGAUUUCGUUCUUCUGAUGGGGGUGAUUCUGCUAGAAGUACGAAGGACGGUUAUCAAGACUCUAGUAGCGACGCAGCUGGCGUUAACACAUCUUAUAUUAACACCACCAGUGGCUCUGAUCCUCACAAAGGCUACUGUUACUUCGUGGUUGGUUCCGAUUCGACAGACGAUGCUCCACAGAAUUUCGAACGAUACUCGAAUAAUCCUCGCGUUUCUACUGACGAAGAAAGAGAAGAUCUCGACACAACGCCGGUACUUGAGCCAAGAGGAAGAAGACAUGGAGAAAGACCGAAAAGCGGCGUCUACCAUAGAUCUAUAUCAGAGCAGAAUGAGCGUAAAAGAUGGAUAACCGCGAUACAAGAACCUGAUUUGCUGAGAACAGUACAUCAAAGAUCUUCAAGCGCAGACACGAGGAGAAGGGUAGCAAGAAAUAAUAAGUGUAUGUCCUGUCCUGUUCUCUCGGAGGAGGAUAUUAUACUAGAAGGGAUGGAGAGUCACCAUAAAGAUGUGUGUAACUCGUUAUCUCAGCGCACAUGGAUCAUUCUUCGAGUCCACGAGCUUUGGAAAGCCAAGAAACAACUAGAGGCACUUAAGAUGUGUAUGGAAUUGACUGGGAUUAAGGCAGCAGAUUCUACUGCAGCAGAAGGAAUGCAGUGUGUUAGUAAUCCAGACAUCACGGGUAACAAGGACAACACCCUCUUUCUAAACAUUCUGCAACAGUUACCAAGCAGUUGCUCAACGUGGUCACUUAGUAUGUGCGACUUGUUGCUGCCCGAGUUAAAGGUGUUCAUCUCGUCCAGAAGACACACCAGUCACGUGGAAAUGGCGUGUAAUGUUUUGCAAGUCAUUGUAAAGAAGGUCAGCAGUGUCGUCUUGAAAGUCCAAAAAGAAAACAAAGAAAAACCGGACCUACUGAAGAACUGUGUGGCACACCUGAGAGACGUCAGUGAUAGGAUWAGCCAAGUACUUGUAGCUCGCCGUGGUAAAAUACACACCGCUCUAACUACUGAAGAUCCGAUCGCCUUGAAACCRGUUCUGAGAGAUCUCCUCUCAACCAUUCAGACAUUGUUACGUGUCUAUGUAGAAUAAAUAUGGUGKUGUAACGCAAGUGCAGUCACAUAAAGGGUCUCAGCUUCGAUUCCUAGACUCCGAAGUCAAGUGCGGAAAGYUUGUAGAAAUGUACUUUGAUAAACGCGGUUUAUAUACUGCAGAAGAGAGCCYUACUAUAGUUUAAAAAUAGCCGUAGGCGAGUGAUUUCUWUAAAUUUUUGAGUGUUCUACAGCUUCAGGAGUGUGUUAUCAGAGAACAGAACAUARCUAAGCCUAAUCUAUUCGCUUUAUAUAAUAGAUUUUCACGAGAAAAAUAGCGUAAAAAUUUAAAAMAUAAAAUAAAAUAAAUGUUUGUUUACAAAAAGAGCGCGCGUCUGUCGUCAAACUCGCGUAAAUAAAUUUGAUCUAUGCGAUGAUUGGCUAAAAACGCGACCUAUGGCUAUCUGAUUGGUCAAGUUCUGAUAAAACAUAGCUUUUCAGCCAAUCAGAGCGCGCGUUCGUGAAAAUCUAUUAUACAAUAUAGUAUAUAGACCUUUCACCUCGAAAAAGAUUUACUUCAGUAUUUUUCCUUCCUCUAUAUUUAAAAGAAAAACCUUUCAAAUUAUGAUUUUUGUAGAUAUGUAAGUAU